AUGACCCAAUGUGAGACACCUAAUGGAGCUAGUGAUGCUCGAGUUUUGGAGAAACUGCUAAAGUUGGUCACAGAUUUGGGUCACCGUGGACACGUCUCAGUCGCUGCUUACGGUGACAUGACCGGUCGUGAUUUUCCCACUGAAGCAGGAGUGAAACUGAACCACUUUCGAGCAGGAGAGGAAUACGCCAAAGAUACUAAGAUGCUGGAGGAUGUCGUGGCGUGGGCAGGAGAGAACCCAUCACCAUCGACGUUGAUGUUAGUCGCUGGAAAGGUCUCAGAGGAGUUGGAGGAGGUUGUGCUACUCUUGAAGAGGCAGAAGAACUACAACUUGAUCUACAUUCACCCACCCCCAAGCCCAACCGUCGUGGUUUUGAUUCCUUCUCCAACCUGA